AUGCCCCGCUCACGGCCUGAAAGCAAGCGGCUCGAAUUUGGCCGCCUCAGCCUGGUCAGAGGGGAGGCUGCAUACGAAGAGGUGUUUGUCUCGUGGGAAGGUGGCCCUUGGAGGACUGAGAAAGCUGUAGGUGACUCCCAAGGAGCAACCAGUAACUCCAUAUUCCCUAGCUUCAUGCAAAGGCAGAGUCCAGGCCAGGCAGAAUUCCUCAGCCGAGCCAACCAAGAUAUUUACAGGGCACCCGGUCAUACUUUUGAGAAUAACCCCACUUUCACACCAAAAGGGGCUCUUUUCAUUCCUCAGAAACAGCUUUAUGCAAGAACAUGA